AUGGACGGGGUGCAGGACCAGGAGAGCACCCCCAGACUGCCCGCCUCGACGAACCUCGGCCCGCAGAUCAACCUCGUGAUAUGGUUCUUGACGGCGUUGUCUUCUGCUUUCUUGGCGCUGCGUGUGUAUUGCAAGUUUCUGAGACACAGGGGGUUAUGGUGGGACGAUUAUCUUUUGAUUGGAUCAUGGAUCGCUCUGGUGGCAGCCUGCGCCUUCAUCUCGGCUUCCGUCAACCUCGGCUUCGGCCGGCCGUUUAGACAGUUCGACUUCAACAACCUGGACGUGUACCUUUUAUAUUCCAACCUGGCCGGCUCGUUUUCCAUCCUCGCCGCGCUGUGGAGCAAGACAUCGUUUGCCGUCACUGUGCUGCGCAUCUCGUCCGGGUGGACCAAGGCCUUUGUCUGGUUUCUCAUCAUCACGGUGAAUGCCUGCCUCGGGGUGGCCAUUGCUAUUACCUGGGCGCAGUGCACGCCGAUCGAGAAGAUUUGGCACCCUUUUUUGGAGGGAAACUGCUGGUCAAAGGAGAUACAAAUUCGGUAUAACAUCUUUACCGCCGUAUAUUCGGGCGCCAUGGAUAUUGUCCUGGCCGUGGUCCCGUGGAAGAUUAUUUGGACGUUGACGAUGAACCGGAAGGAGAAGGUGGGCGUGAUGGUGGCGAUGAGCAUGGGUGUUUUCGCAGGAAUAAUCUCCAUCGCCAAAACCUCCCAGCUCCCGACAAUCUCCAACGCAACCUUCACCGAAUCAACAACCAUGCUGGUUAUACUAGGCGCAGCCGAGCCAGCCAUCACAGUCGUGGCAGCAUCGAUCCCGAUCCUGCGGGCACUCCUCCGCGACGCACGUCCCGCGCCGCCGGGGACGGUGGGGUUUUAUCACUCUUUUCGGGAGUUGGGGUCUAUGGAGGGUGGUAGGGGUGGUGGUGGUGAUGGUGUUCUUCCUGCUCUCGGGGGGGAAAUGUAUGCGGGUGGGGCUGGAAGGGUCGGCAGGAGUAGUACCGUGGUGAGCAGCGCAGGGCAGUAUAGUCAUAGUCGGGGGAGGAGUGCCAGUGUGAGUUCGUCGGCGUCGAGGUGGAGUCGGGAGGCGCGGGUUCAUUCUCGUUCGUGUGUUCGUGGCCACCAUCGAGGGAAGGCAUCGCAGGACGGGGGAGGUUCGGUCGGCGGGCUGAGUCGGCUGAGCGGGUUGAGCAGGUGGAGUUUGGUGGUCGGAGUGAGUGAGCGCGGCGGUGCUGUUACGAAAGAGGAGAUGUCAGUACCUGGGGACGCAGACGGACGGGGGAGCUCGUUCAGCGUGGAUUUACCGCCAACGCCGCCACCGGGCAAGAUUGUCGCGACUGAGGAGGUGGUUGUGGAGUAUGAAGAGCGGGUGCAUCGAGGGCAGGAGAUGAGCGAGUGGCCAAGUGCUAGACCGCCGAUAUAACGCUAUCGUGCGGUAAGUUUGCUGAUGGGGUUCGGCAUAAUGGUCGGGUCGUGGCAUCGCUG